ACGCGGAGGCCUUUGAUGAAGCCGCCUGCGACACUGGCAGGCUUGACCACGUCGUCUUCUCUCAUCAGUGCAGGCGCAUCACUCUUUUGGGUAACAUCUCUUUCAAGCGCGCAUGAGCACCAACCAUUUUAAUAACAUCUCCUUCAAGAGUGCAUGCCCUCCACACCGGAGACUGCGAGCGAUAACUGGACCUUUUUCGUUUCAACGAAACAUAUCAGUGUGGUUUUGUAUUUGGAUCCGUGUGAUUAACACCUUCUAUUUUUAUUAAGACAACUACAGCUUAGCGAAUUCAAUUGAGAAUAAGAUAUGUUCAAAAAGGUAGCUCAAGAUCCUAAUAGCUUCAGGAUUCAACCGAUAAAACGUGAGCCACAAAAUAUACUACCUAAACUUAAUGAAUACAUCAAACAAGAACACGAUGUUGUAGAUGAACAUAACAUUAAACAAGAACAUGUUGAUGAAUCUACCGAAUAUGAGCUUUAUUAUAAUAGAAAUGACAGUCAAUCUAAUAAUCGGCAUUACACGAAAGACUUUAACAAUACUAGAGCAAAUAUUAAAUUUCAAAUAAAAACUGAAGUGGAUGUAUUUAACGAUUCCGAGUAUGAAAGUUUUUUUAUGCGUGAUAACAAUUAUGUGCCAUUGGUUCCGUCCUCAACAUGUUAUAACAUUAACUCACACAUUGAAAACAAACAUACGAAUUUCGAUCUUAAAAUUGAAUCCUCAACUGAAACUUAUAUGCCAACAACUAAACACAAAGUGAUGUCUGAGCAAAAAAACCAGAUAAAAAAUGAAGUGAAUGUAAUUGACAAUGCCGUAGUUGAAAAUCACGUUAUUCAUAAUGACAAAUAUAGACCAUCAGUUGAGUCUACGACAUGUGGCAUUAAGUCACACGUUGAAAUAAAUCCAAGAAAUUUCAAUCAUAGCAUUAAAGCUUCGACUAAGACUUUAACACCAACUAAACACAAAACGAUUACAUACGAAGAGAAUACUCAAAUAAAAACUGAAAUAGAUAUAAUUGACGAUACAAUGUAUGAAAGUUUUUUUAUGCGUGAUGACAAUUAUGUGCCAUCAGUUGUGUCCUCCACAUGUUAUGGCAUUAACUCACGUAUCAAAAACAAUCGAAACAAUAAUUGCCAUCUUAACAUUAAAGACUCAACUAAAACUUUUAUUCCAACUAAAAAAAAAUUCAGAACCUUAAAAGAAAAUUCAGAAAAACCAUACAAAUGCUAUAUUUGUAAUACGUUUUUUUCGUGGAAAGGAAAUAUGAAAAUUCACAUGGAAGUCCAUACGGGAGAAAAACCUUACCGAUGUUUAAUUUGUAAUAAAUCUUAUGCUCGAUUAUCAACUUUAUAUGCGCACAAAAUUAUUCACGAAUUCCAUAAACCAUUUAAUUGUGCUAUAUGUAAAAAAUCAUUUGCACAGAAAUCAAAUUUAAAAACCCACAUAAAUAAUAAGCAUAUAAAAUUGUUAUGAUUGUAUUAUUAUAGUACAGUGGACAGUAUGUGUUUGUUAAAGGAGAGAAAAGACGAUAGAAAAAAGUAUGACGAAUAAACUAUUUUUUCCAUUCCCUUUAAUUUGUAUUUCACAUUUAUCUUAGUCUUAAUUAUACCAUUUAUACCUAUAUACAUUUUAAAAACUAAAUCACACAUUUCUAUAUAUCAGUUUUCAAUAAAUACAAAAAUAGGAACGAUUAUCGAGAUUUGAAAAGAUUUAAUUAUGUAAAAUUGGUAUUCGUCUUUAUUUGUUUACAUCAAAAAUAUGUCCAAAAUUGAGAAUGCAAGUAAUGAUUGCAAA